GACUUUCAUCGUGCUAUCGGCGAAGAUUCAGCCGGGAAUAGUCAGUCGAUUGUUAACGAUCGAGCAGAAGUGAACAACGAGCCAUCCGCAGAGAUGGCAUACGUGUGUAUUGAGGACUACGAGAAGCAUGCUCUGGAACGUUUGCCUGCCUUCGUGAGGGAUUACUACAAGAGCGGCGCGGGAGAAGAAUACAGCGUCAAAUUGAAUAGGGAGGCUUUCAAAAAUUACAGGAUACGUCCUAGAUUCCUGCGAGACGUGUCCAAGAGGGACAUAAGCACGACAGUGUUGGGUCACAAAGUUUCAAUGCCCUUGGGAGUCGCACCUACUGCGAUGCAGCGUAUGGCACAUCCUGACGGAGAGUGCGCCAAUGCAAGGGCUGCUGAAGCGGCGGGAACGAUCUUCAUUCUUUCUACGAUAUCCACGAGCAGCAUAGAGGAAGUGGCGGAAGCUGCGCCGAAGGGAAUCAAGUGGUUCCAGCUCUAUAUUUAUACUGACCGGAAUGUUACCUUAAAUUUGAUAAGGCGCGCCGAACGUGCUGGCUUCAAAGCGCUGGUUCUCACCAUCGACGCGCCGUUUUUCGGCGACAGACGCGCCGACUUGAGGAAUAAGUUCUCGCUGCCCAGUCACUUGAGAUUCGCAAAUUUCCAAGGUGAUUUGUCGAAGCGAAUAAAUUCCGCGAAGGCCGGCUCUAGUCUGAAUGAAUAUGUUACCGCACUUUUCGACGCAUCACUAUCCUGGGAUGACGUCAAGUGGCUUAAAAGAACUACAAAGCUACCGAUAAUUCUUAAAGGAAUACUGACGGCGGAGGACGCACGUUUAGCCGUGGAAAAUGAGAUCGACGGCAUCAUAGUAUCGAAUCACGGCGCGCGUCAAAUAGACAGUGUUCCAGCAACGAUCGAAGUUUUACCUGAAAUAAGCAAAGCCGUGGGAGGUAAAGUCGAAAUAUACAUGGAUGGUGGUGUGACGCAAGGUAUCGACGUGUUCAAAGCUUUGGCAUUAGGUGCAAAGAUGGUAUUCUUUGGCAGACCAAUGCUGUGGGGCUUGGUACACGGUGGCGAGAAAGGAGCUAGUGAGAUUCUCGAGCUCAUGAGAAGAGAAAUUGAUCUCGCAUUGGCAUUAACUGGUUGCGCAUCUGUGAAAGAUAUUACACAGGAUAUGGUAAUACAUGCAUCCUACUAUAGCCACUUGUGAAAAGAAAUGAAUUUCAUGUUAGACAUAAUCGCAGAUAUUUUCAGAUAUGUACAGAUAUCAUAUACAGAUAUGUACACGCAUGAUAAAUAUAUCCGAAGGGUAUCGGCAAAAACUUUCUCAUUUUUCUAAAGAUUUAGUGAAGAUUUGCUAAAGAUUUAUAAAAAUAUAUUAUAUAUCAUACACUAA